GGACACUAAAUCCUGAAAAGGCAGAUUCCUGAAAAACUUUUAUCAAGACGUCUAAUAUCACCACUGCUCCUAACUGCUGCUAGCAAAAAGUCUUCUAAAAGAUGAAGCAAAGUUAGAGCCUGGCUUCCAUUUCUGACCCCUCUGCCUGGAUUCGUUUCAUCUGGAACAAUUCACUUCAACUAAUAUUCUGGGAUUAUAUUAAAUUUAUGUGAUCCACAACAUGGAGAAGAAUCUAAAGAAUAUUCUGGUUGUUUCAUUUGGAUUCUUAUUUCUAUUUACUGCUUUUGGAGGACUCCAGAGCCUGCAGAGCAGCCUCCAUUCUGAAAAAGGGCUGGGUGUCGCCUCUCUGAGUGUUAUCUAUGCAGCACUGAUCCUGUCUUCCAUGUUUCUCCCACCCAUCCUCAUUCAGAAGCUCGGGUGCAAGUGGACCAUUGUAGGCUCUAUGUGCUGCUACAUUACAUAUUCUUUGGGGAACUUCUAUGCCAGCUGGUAUACACUGAUCCCCACAUCUAUGAUCUUGGGGCUGGGAGGAGCACCGCUUUGGUCAGCUAAGUGCACAUAUCUCACCAUUGCUGGCAACUCGUAUGCUGCGAAAGCAGGGAAAAUUGGAAGAGAUGUUGUCAACCAGUAUUUUGGAAUCUUCUUCCUGAUAUUCCAGUCUUCUGGAAUCUGGGGAAAUCUUAUAUCAUCUCUGGUAUUUGGCCAGACUCCAAACAAAAUGAACAUCUCAGAAGCAGAUCUGGCAUGUUGUGGUGCAGAAGACUGCAAGAACACAACAACAGAUGAGACAAAUACCUCAAAACCAACAGAAACCUUAAUCUAUAUACUGCUGGGAAUCUACACAGCUAGUGGAGUGCUUGCUGUGUUGCUAGUUGCUGUAUUUCUAAAUCCAGUCUCAGUUCAACAAAUGGAAAAUGAAGAAAAGAAGAAAGCAUCCUUUUGGUCCACUUUCUUGGCAACAUUUCGGCAUCUUACAGACAGACGCCAGUGCCUCUUGAUUCCUCUGACCAUGUACAGUGGGUUUGAACAAGGAUUCCUUGCUGGUGACUACACCAAGUCCUAUGUGACCUGUGCCCUUGGGAUAAAUUUUGUUGGCUAUGUGAUGAUCUGCUUUGCUGCUGCAAAUUCUCUCUCCUCCAUGUUCUUUGGAAAGAUUUCCCAAUACACUGGCCGACAAGCUCUCUUUGCUCUAGCUGCAGUACUCAACCUUGCUUGUAUAAUCGUAUUCCUGCUCUGGAAACCUCACCCAAAGCACCUUGCUGUAUUCUUCAUAUUGCCAGCCAUCUGGGGAAUGGCUGAUGCUAUCUGGCAGACACAGACCAAUGCUCUCUAUGGAGUUUUAUUUGAAAAGCACAAAGAGGCAGCAUUUGCUAAUUAUCGCCUGUGGGAAUCACUAGGAUUUGUCAUUGCCUUUGGCUACAGCACUUUCUUGCGUGUCUCAGUGAAACUGUAUAUUGUUCUGGCUGUACUAGUGGUGUCUAUGCUCCUCUAUGAAACAGUUGAGUACCUGGAAUCCAAGAGUUCUCCUGGAACAGCCAGUCUGGCAAAGAAGGAACCAGUUGAAUGUCAGCAAAAUGCUCAGCAAACUCAUUUAUGAUCCAAUAUAAGGCAAGGCCAGACCACAGCCCUAAGACUAAUUUUGCACAUGCAUUUUCAAGAAUUGUCAGGAAAUACAGAAGCAGUUCAAGGCAGAACCAGUAGGAAAGAGGCAGUAGUAACUUCCAUGUUUAUGAAGCAGUGAAUCCACUGUGGGUUUUAUUUGAAAGCUUAAAAGAGCUUCCCAAGGCACUGAACCUGCUUUGGAAAACUUGGUUUGACAUCCUGGAGAAUUUCAGCAAUUGGAGUAAAACCUGGAAUGAUUUACCCACUCCACUUAUGAUAAAGCACUGACAGUCAAGAAGAAUGCAAAGGGACUGAUAUUAUGAUUGGUGAAACAUUAACAUGAGAAUUUUCUUUUGCAAUAAGAUCUUAAAGAGUUUUUUGAAGAGAAAAAAAGUUGACUUUUUAAAAUGUAACUCCCAUAAUCCUCCAGCCAUUAUGAAAAGAAGUAUUUUCUAAGUUCUAUGAGUUGCUUCUGAUAACCAAAUUAUUUCUAAUUUGUAUUUUAUUUCAUUUUAAAACAUUGUAUUGGAAGGAACAUCAAUAAACA